AUGUCUUCUUCCGUGCGGGAGGAAGUCAUCACGAGCUUUGACGCCCAUAACAAGCCUGCUAAUCCUCAUUACGAUGGACUUGAUGCAGAUGAUGCAGCUGGUCUUGCCGCCAUUGGCAAGGCUCCGGUCUUCAAAAGAAAGUUCAAUUUCUGGACAGCUGUUGCCAUGACAGUUUGCAUCAAUGCCACAUGGGAAGGGAUCUCAGCCACUCUUCUUCAAGGCCUAGCGAUGGGAGGCUCCGUUUCACUACUCUGUGGAUAUAUCCUGACAAGUCUUGGUAUGACCUGCGUGUGCGCCGUUGUAUCUGAAAUGGCAAGUGUUUGGCCAUCUUCUGGUGCUCAAUAUCACUGGACUGCAGAGCUCUCUCCUCUAAAAUGGAGGCCAAUUCUUUCAUGGAUCUCGGGUCUGCUGACUUUCGGGUACAUCUGGAUGGCUACCAUCAUGUGUGCUAUGAGUGUUGCUAUCCAAGUCCAAGCGUAUGUCAUUGUGGCAAGGCCGGAAUAUGUCAAUGAGAGGUGGCAUACCUAUUUAAUCUUCGCCUUAGUCAUGGUCAUCUACCUGGCCAUGAAUCUGUUUAGCAGCAGGGCGUUGCAUCAUCUCAACCUCGGAGGGAUUGGUACCCAUAUCGUCGGGUUUCUAUUGAUCAUGAUAAUUCUUUUGGUCAUGAACAAGGAAAAAAACGACACUUCAUACGUAUUUACGCAGUUUCUCAAUAGCUCUGGUUGGUCAAGCAAUGGGCUGGCAUUCUGUAUUGGGCUCACAACACCAAUGCUCGGUUUUGCUGGCAUAGAAAUGGCAGCCCAUUAUGCUGAAGAGAUCCAGCAUGUCCAGAAGAGUCUUCCCCGAGCAAUGAUGUGGACCAUCGCAAUAAACAGUGUCGUUACUUUUCCGUGGCUUGUUGCGCUCAUGUACUGCUCGGGUGACAUCCCCGAAGUUGUCAACGGCCCUAUCGGCUUGUUGAGCCCCAUGACUCAGAUUCUCAUCAACAGUACCGGAAACGUUGGACUUUCAAUAUUUCUCAAUUCUCUUGCAACAUACAACGCCCUAGUCGGCGGCAUGACCGGCCUGGGUUCCUGCUCGCGAGUCCUAUGGGCUAUGGCCAGAGACGAGUGCUUCCCCGAGAUCUUUCGCAGAGUCAACCCCAAACUUGACGUUCCCGUCCAAGCUAUCGCUGCAGCGUGGGUGCCAAUGGUAACCUUUGGGCUCAUUUACAUUGGAAACCAAACUGCGUUUUAUAGCAUCUUGAGUGGAGUCAUGAGCAUGUACAUGAUGUCUUACGCCCUUCCAGUUGGCCUACACCUGUUCUAUGCACGAAAACAUAAGAAUCUCCAGUAUGGUCCUUGGCAGCUCGGCCGAUGGAGAGUGUUUUUUAAUGCGGCAGGAUUCACCUGGAUAUCAUUUAUCCUCAUCUUUCUCUGCUUCCCAAUCUACCAGCCCGUCACCGCAGAGAAUAUGAACUACGCUUCUUUGAUCCUUUUUGUGUUCCUCUUACUUGGCUUUGGUUGGUACUUUUACUACUUACGUGGCCGUUUCCAAGGCCCGGUUGUCGAGAUAGUAGUCGACGAUGGCGAUAUUGUCAUUGCAGGACAGCCGGUACGAACGGCCUUUCCAAGUGAUGCGGCUGCUCCGAAGAAGGACAUUUAA